AUGUUUUAUCCCUCUCACCAGAGUCUCAGACAGCAGCUAAACGAGGAACGCAAGAUUAGCAAAGUAACAGCGGAAAACUACAAAGUUAGUAGUGUUACGUAUAAAAAUGUACGAAGCGAGUUGGAGGAGAGAUUGCGAGAAAAACAAGAAUUCUGCGAUGAAGUGUCGUUGGCACUGGAUGUAAAAGAAAAGGAAAUCGAACAACUUCAGAAAAAAAUCAAAGCUAAGGACGGGAAGAUCUCCACAUUGCAGAGCCAGACAAGGAUCGCUGAUAGUCAGCGAAAUGCUGCCCAGCAGUUCGGAAAGAACAUUGGAAAAAGACAGGUGCUCCUUGCUCGAGAGAUGACUCGAAUGGUUCAGCGCACACUCGUCAUCUGCUACUACCAAAACAACAGCACCACGACGAGACUCGUGAAUACAAUCCUCCGAUACUUAAAAAUGAAGUCAACAGAGAUUCCUCAGGACGAGCUGCCCGACCAGAAAAAAUUGUUCUUAGAUAUCCUCAAUUGCUUCAACAUUGUGGUGACAACAUCAGACCUUCGAAAUCACGUCGCCCGUAAUUGCAAAUACGUUGAUUUACUGAGAGAGCUAAUGGAUUUCAUCUUCAACAAGGAAGAUAAGGAGGAAAAACUAUUCUACACAGACAAAGACGUGCGCGACGUUUGCUGCGAGAUUCUUGAGCAACUCUGUAAAUGUGAUCGCGGCGUAGAGAUCUUGAAUCAGUUCAAUGACGGAUUCCUGCAGCAUGACAUCGUUGUAUACUCAGCGACGGAACAGUGCACUGAUAAACAAAUCGCCUCGCUCCUAAAAGUUUAUCUCACAAUGUCUACAAACGAAGAGUUUGCCGAAAACCUUGCCAAAUCGUUUCAGGGACACGGGCUCUGA